CAGCAACUAGCAAAACGUUCAUCUGCUUUGACCUCAUUAUGACAUAAUCUGUGAUGUUGCAGCAUCGUCACAGUGAUGUCAUAAUCAAGACAUGCUUUAACAUGGAGAAUUUUUUUGUCAAUCAUUUACUUUCAUAUGACUGCGAUAUCCAUUGAGCAUGAUGUCUGAGAACGCGGACAGUGUGAGAAAGGAUAAAGCAAGGCUCGUAGCAGAAAAUGAAGAAUUAAAAAAGCAUCUCCAGUUGAUGAAGGAAAAUGAGGAAUUAAAGAAAGUCCUGUCAAGUUACACACAAACCAAGAUUAAUGAAAAAGACUGCAGAGAGAAACUCGGCAUCAUGCCCUUUGGGCACCCUGUUUCCACAUGUGUGGAAGGAACAGCAGCCAUAUUUUCUGUACCAGACACAGCAACACAAGCGGGAGAGAAGCGCUUGGGACUGAGCAAUGUGAUGUUCAGGCUGAGAGAGAAUGAAGAUAAAGCUUCAAGCCCCACAUUUGAGGACUACUUCUACACCUCACUGCAGUUGGGAGACCCUGAUCAGAGGGGACUGCAGAGAGGCAGCCUCUCUCAGAAUAGAGAUCACAAACAAGGGACCCCUCUCACCACUGGCCAGGAACAGACCAGAAUGUCUGAGCACUGUCUCCAUAAAGGAGCUCCACUCUCAGAAGCUAAAAUGUCGUCUUCACUCCAGACACAGUCUCCAGACACAAAGAUUCAAAGCUUCUAUGACAAUGAACUCCGAAUGUUGCCCGGUGUGGAAGAGAGGGGCCGAGUGGUGGGGGAGAUCGCCUUUCAGCUAGACAGGAGGAUUUUGGGAAAGGUAUUUCCAGGAUUUACACGCCUGUAUGGAUUCAGUGUCUCAAACAUCCCAGAGAAAAUACAGCAGCAGGUAUCCUAUAACCCUCUGAGUGGCACUCUCCAGCAGUCCCAGAGGAGAGAGAUGCUGGAACGCUAUGAUUCCCUCAUGUCCCAGUUGGAAAAGUUUGGAUAUAACCCUAAAGUACACCCAGCAUUCUGCGAGUUUGUGGUCAACACCUACGGCAUCCUGAAGCAUAGGCCAGAAGGGCAACCCCCUGUGGUCUACAGUGAUCCUAUUACUUUGAGGAAGCUGACCCGGGACACUGUCCCUGCCAAAUUCCUACAGGAUUCCCUGCUGAUCCUCAACUGCCUGUGUGAGCUCUCCAGGACAGAUGGCAAGCCACUGUUCACCUUCUGAACAUCAGGACCUGAUCUAACACCACAACAGACUGGAAUUCCUCUGAGUUAUAUAGGAACCAGAUAAUAUAAGCAAAAAGUCAAUAAAAAUCUGGGCCUAUCGUU